UUCUGAGGUGAGAAUAUCGUGUUUUCUGCUACUGAUUAAAUAUCAUUUAAUUUAUAUCAAUUUGAUUAAGACUUAAAAGAAAUAAUUAAUCAUCUUCUUUUUAUUGAUGCUUUUACUUCUUUCUGUAUGUAAGGUUUUUUUUUAAUAUUCAGUGGUAACAUCAGUAUUAAAGUUGAACUUUUGUUGAGUUUUUUCGUAGUUUUACUUUACUAACUAAAACAGUUACUUUUUCAUUAAGAACUGCAAACUUAGUAUUCUGUAACUUACAGAGGAUGCUCAUAAGAAGAUAGUUUCUAACUGGUGUUAUCAAUGGCUUUUUGUGUGUUAAGACGUCACUCAACAUUUUUGCGUAGAAUGGCUUCAUCCUCUUUAGCAGGCAAAGUAAGGAAACAGCCUAGUUCAGAUAUGGCAGCCUUUAGAAUGGUAUUUCAAAAAGCCAAACAUGUUGUAGCUCUUACUGGAGCGGGUAUUAGUGCGGAAAGUGGAAUUCCAACAUUUCGAGGGGCUGGAGGUCUGUGGAGGAAAUACAAUUCACAGGAUCUUGCAACUCCAGGAGCAUUUUUAGCCAACCCAUCUUUAGUAUGGGAAUUUUAUAACUAUCGAAGGGACUUGGUUCUUAGCAAGAAACCCAAUCCUGCCCAUUUCGCACUUGCAAAAGCUGAAGCUCACUUAGAGUCACAAGGGCGAAGACUUGUGGUAAUAACUCAAAAUAUAGAUGAGCUGCACAGGGAUGCUGGAACAAAAAAUCUUCUUGAACUUCAUGGUACUUUGUUUCGCACCAGGUGUACGAAAUGCGGACAUAUUUCGGAAAAUAGAAAGAACCCUAUCUGCCCUUCAUUACUUGGAAAAGGCGCUCCUGAUGAAGAUGCUAUUGAUGCUAGAAUUCCUGAACAAGAAUUACCACGGUGUUCAAAAUGCUCUGGUCUACUGAGGCCUCAUGUUGUAUGGUUUGGUGAAUCUUUAGAUCCGGAUGUCUUAAAUUCAGCUCAACAGGAAUUGGAUCAAUGUGACCUCUGUUUAGUUAUUGGUACUUCAUCAGUUGUUUAUCCCGCUGCUAUGUUCGCUCCUGCUGUUGCAGACAGAGGUGUGCCAGUUGCAGAAUUUAACAUUGAAUCUACACCAGGAACUGAAAAUUUUGGGUUUCAUUUUGAAGGAUUUUGUGGAAGCACACUGCCAAAAGCUCUGGGAGUUUAGAUACUGUAUAAGUACUGUGUAAUCAACUGUGCAUCUAGAAACUGUGUAGCAAUCUCUAACUUUGUCUGGCAUCCGAGGCGGGGCUACACUAGGAAUUCCUGCCAAAUUAGUAUAAUCACUUCAGUGACAAGACUAUCUAAUGGUGCCUAAGUGGAUCGAGCUUGCUAGCACUCAACAAAAUAAUUAACGACAGAUUUGUUAAUAAAAUUUUUACAUCUUUCGUUAGAUUCUUUCUGGAGGGGAUGAUGCAUUUUCCAGAUCCUCAAAUUUAAGUGCGUUUUUUGUAUGCCUGUGACUUGUGCCUGAAAAAAAAUAUUACUCUUUUUAUUUCAAGUCCAGAGAAUUAUAAAAAAAUCUAAAGAGAUUUAUCAAAAAAUAAAAUUAUAUAUAUAUAUGUCCACUAGUCACCAAUAAUUAGGUGGUGCAUAUGCAAUGUAGAUAACUUUUGUUUAGUAAUCGAAUAUAUUAUACGUGACUUCAGAAAUAAAUUGCAUCCUUCUAUUA